AUCGAUUACAGAUGCUGCACAAGGAUUAGUCCUUGUGUAAGUGAAUUGUUUACAUGGCGAAUAAUGAGGCGUCGGUUGAGUGUGAGCAAGAGGCUGAGAGGCAGUUGAAUCCGAUAGCGUGCAGUCAUUGUCGGCAGCGGAAGCGCAAGUGUGAUAGGCAACUGCCGCAUUGUCUGCAAUGCACCAACGAUCCCACCAACUGCCAUUACCCAGAACAAAACAAGAGAGGUCUCCCAAUUGGGUUUAUUACCAGACUAGAGACGCGUCUUGCAGAGACGGAAGAAGCUCUCUUUCGGCUUGUGCACUCUAUCGAUGAGCCUAACAACAAUCACACCUCACUCAAGCCUUCAUCACAAAGGAAAGAUGACCGUAUAAGAGAAUGGAAUAGUCUUCCCCUUAGAAAUGCGGAUGAAAUAAGAGCAUGGUAUCGAAAUAGAUCAGAGCAAACCCACUCGCCAGCCCAACACGACGCUUUGAUGGAUGAAGACCAACGUACACGAUCUAUUCAUGCCACACCACCCGAGGCAGAGCCCGUGGACUUCCCCGAUGACGCUGGAGAUGACCAGGGAGAAACAAUUACGUUGCAAGAUACUGAUGACGAUGUUAUGCCGAGGAAUGAUAUCCAUAUUCAGGAGGAGUCUGGUGGAAGCAAAGCUAAGGAGAUGGAACAGAAACAUCCAAACAUGUACUUUUAGAGCAUCUAUUACUUAAUACCACGUCACUGCUGAUCUUAAA